GACACCUCCAGGAUGAUGAAACGGGUCAGCUGACUGUCGACGUAACAGGAAAAAAGCAGCACGUUGGUGUCUGAGCCGGCAGAAAGACGCAAGAAGCGGCCGAGAGAAGUCUCUGAAAGUCGGUUGGAUACAUCUAAAAAGAAAAAAGGUAAACCAUGCCUGCAGACAUUAACAAAGGCAAGAAGGCAUUUGUCCAGAAGUGUGCCCAGUGCCACACUGUCGAGAACGGUGGAAAACAUAAGGUUGGACCCAACCUUUGGGGUCUCUUUGGACGCAAAACCGGCCAGGCAGAGGGAUUUUCCUACACUGACGCCAACAAAAGCAAAGGCAUCGUUUGGGACGAGGACACCCUGAUGAUUUAUCUGGAGAACCCAAAGAAAUACAUUCCAGGAACUAAGAUGAUCUUCGCUGGAAUCAAGAAGAAGAAUGAACGAGCCGAUCUUAUAGCAUACCUGAAGUCUGCGACAUCAUAAAGAACUCUACACCAACAUCUUUUCCAUUUUUUUUUUGUCAUAACAAACUGCUGAAGAAGCCAAGGACUCUUUCAAUUCUUGAAAAAAGAAAAAAAGAUCAGACAGUACGAGAAACAAUCUGAGUGGUUUUGGCGUGAUGCCACAGCUGUACCUCUGCUUCUGGUAUGACGCUCCAUCGUGGUGGAGUAAAAGAUAUCCCCUGGUUUUAUCAGGUUACUUUCUAACGUAUUAUUAAACCUCUCUGUUUACUGUGUAUGCAGAAUGUAGAGACUGAAAGCUGUGUAUUACGUUGCCUCUUGUUUUGUUUUCUCAGUAGUUUUUAUAAAUCUUAAUGUCUUAAUAAUUGUCUGUUCCAAGAAGAAUGAGUGCCUUUUUUUUUUUUUUUUACAAUCCAGUACCUUCACAGUCUGUUUAUUAUAAUACAUUUUUGAAUUUGGAAGUUAAAUAAAAUUGACACUACAUUUUCUUUUUUUAUUAUGUUCUUAAUAAGUCAAUAUGUGGCCACUUUUGGUGACCAGUAGGUUGUUCCGUUGUAUUUCAAUUCUAUAGUUAAAUUUAAAACAUUAAAGCUUUCUUGACCUCUGAGAAUAUUUGUAGGAGUGUCCAUGUUUACUUCUAUUGCGUUCUGUUGAAAAUGAUGUUACUCGAAUUAUCGCCGGUUCUGAUCUCCUUUCAUUGGGUUCCUGUUUAUUUUCCCAUUCCGAUUUGAAAUCGCUUCUCAGUUAACAAUGUAGACUUCAUAACUACCAGACCCUACUUGUCUAAAAAAAAGUCCAUUAACCUAACUAACCCUUUAUGAGCCUGUGGCACCAUGUCAGAUCAGCUGAUUGUGGCUUUCUGGUCUUUUCCAGACUGACUGGUGACUGAAGGUGAUCUGGCUUUUGCAAUUGUUGUGGGGGGGCCCCCAAAUUGUACAAUGACCUUACCUGAUAUUAGGCUUACUAAAUCUGCCCCUGCUUUUAAAUCUCUUCUUAAAAUAGUAUUUUUUUUGCUUUUUUACAAACAUUUUAUUUCUGUGAAUUUCAUUUCAAAAUGAUAUUUGAUAUUUUAUCUUUCUGUGAAUCACUUUGCAGCAUUGUUCAGAAAAGAGCUCUACAAAUAAAGUUCUUCUUUGGGGUUUCUCAUGAACAGUUUGGGUCCAUGCAGAUUCACAAACCAAAAUUAAAGUAUCAUACAUGUGUCAGGGUGUUCACAGGUGUAAAUCUUCCCCCUCAAGUGGAAGCAGAUAAUAUUAUUUUGUCUUUUGCAUUGUGUAGUUCAGUCACACAAUCAGUACUGUACUGGUUUGUUGUGUCAUGUGACAGGGUCCUUCUAAAUGAGGUUACUUGGACUUUGGUUGUUGAAUGUCUGUUUUGUGAUUUGGAAGUAAAUAUGUAAAUCACAAA